AUGUCAUAAUAAACUAUGAGGAACAAUGUUUAAAUUAUAGGUGAUCAUAAAUAUAAAUAUAGAAAAUUUUAAGUAAAUCCCGAUUAUUAAGAUAUCGAUAUUCCUGACGGGGAUCCUAUAAGAGGAGAGUGGAUUUAUAAAAACUACUGUGCUGGUUGCCACGAUUUAGAUUCUGAAUAAUUGCAAGGUCCUUCUUUGAGAUAAGUUUAUAUGCGAAAAGCAGGAACAAGAAAAGGAUAUAGAUACUAUUCAUCUACAAUGCCAUCAUAUCACUUUUAUUGGACAAGAAAUAUUCUAGACUAGUUUAUUGAAAAUCCAGAAAAAACUUUUCCUGACACAAACAUGUUUUUUGAUGGUUUAAGAGACAGCUAUGACAGAGCUUGCAUAAUAGAGUAUCUACACUACCUCCGAGCUGAAACUGAUGGGGCAUAAAGGAAACUAUCAAGAAAAAUAAUUUGA